UUUGGAAUGACCCAACGCAACCAGCCAGUCUCCGGCUAGCUCUCCGUCGGUCCACUCCACUCCACGCCAGCACGCGCUGUUUCCCAUCGCCGUGUCCCAGUCCCACCAUCCAAGUCCACCUUCCCCGUGCCCGACUCCACACACCACUUAGCUCGGUCGUCCUCGCCGCACUUGCUUAUCCCUUCGUCCCCGCAGCCGGCACGCCUCCACUACCAGGCCCAGGCCCCCACCUCCAUGGCGGUCCUCGCCAUCCUCCUCCUCCUCGUCACCUUCCUCCCGUACAGCGCCCUCGCCGCCUUCUCCCCGGCCUUCACCUUCUUCCUCGCCUGCGGCGCAGACUCGAGCGUCUCCUUCCCGCGGGACAGCCCUGCCCGCACCUUCACCAAGGACGACCCGUUCUUGACCUCCUCGCGCGCCCAGGCGCUGAAGAACGCCAACGCCAACAGCGCCGCCUCUCCGCUCUAUGCCGCCGCGCGCGCCUCAAUCUCGGCCUUCUCCUACAACCUCCACAUCACCGACGACUCCGCCGGGCAGGCCGCGUUCGUCGUCCUCCGCCUCCACUUCGUCCCUUUCGCCGCCUCGCAAUCCGGCGUGAGCAUCGAGUCCGCGAGCUUCGCGGUCUCCGUUCGGGACGCGUACACCGUACUGUCCUCCUUCUCGCCGCCGAGCGCCGGCGUCGUCAAGGAGUUCUUCAUCCCGGCAGCCGGCUCCGGCGACUUCCGCAUCACGUUCACGCCGGACGCCGGCUCGGCCGCGUUCGUCAACGCCGUCGAGGUGUUCCCGGCUCCAUCGGAGCUGCUGUGGAACAGCUCGGUGACGCAGGUGGGCGCCGCGGCGCACGCCGACAUGGCCCAGUGGCAGCAGCAGGCGCUGGAGACGGUGUACCGCCUCAACGUGGGCGGCCCCAUGGUGACCAAGGAGAACGGCACGCUCUGGCGGACGUGGCUCCCCGACGACCCCUUCCUCUUCGGCCCCGCGGGGAUCUCGAUGGUGAACACGACCAACACCCCAAUCGUGUACGACGACGCCGCCUACACCCGCGAGGUGGCGCCGGACAUCAUCUACAAGACGCAGCGCGCGACGAAUGCGUCGGCGGGGAGGUUAUCGCUGCAGCCGCCGCUUUUCAACGUCACCUGGGCCUUCCCGGCGGAACCGGGGUCCAGCUACCUCGUCCGUCUCCACUUCUGCGACUACGAGCUGGCGAGCAGCGUCGUCGGAGAAGGCAUCAUGUUCAACGUCUUCAUCGGGCCAGACAUGGGUACCCCAGACCUGAUGCCGACGAAAACCAUUGCGACGCAAGCGAACCGUGCCUUCUACCUAGACUACGCGGCCGCGGCGCCGAUUGCCGGCGGGAACCUCACCGUCAGCAUCGGCAAGUCGGUCAAGAGCAGCGCCGAUGAAGGUGGCUUUCUGAAUGGGGUAGAGAUCAUGCAGCUGCGACCUUCGGACUCGAGCUUCAAGACGACGGGGUCGCGUGCCAGCAGCAACAAGAGGACGGUCUUGAUCAUCACCCUCUCGGGCGUGCUGGGCGCCUCCGUCCUCGCGUGCGCCGCGCUGUACUGGAUGGCGCUGCUGCGGAGAAGACGCCAUGCGCCGCGGCCGGCGCCGGAGGUGGAGAAGGAGGCCAGCACCCUGCCUUGGUCGCCGUACACGCAGGACAGCUCCUCCGGGUGGCCCGUCGAGCCGUCGAGCCGGUCUGGUACGACCGGCGCGAUGCAGCAGAGGGUGGGCGCGCAGCAGCUCCACAUCCCGCUGGAGGAGCUCAAGGCGGCCACGGACAACUUCCACGAGCGCAACCUGAUCGGCGUCGGCGGGUUCGGCAACGUGUACCGCGGCGCGCUCCGCGACGGCACCCGCGUGGCGGUGAAGCGCGCGACGCGCGCGUCCAAGCAGGGGCUCCCUGAGUUCCAGACGGAGAUCGUGGUGCUGUCCCGCAUCCGGCACCGGCACCUGGUGUCCCUGAUCGGCUACUGCAACGAGCAGGCGGAGAUGAUCCUGGUGUACGAGUACAUGGAGAUGGGCACGCUGCGGAGCCACCUGUACGGGGGGCCCGAGCCCGACUCCUCCGGCGAGGCGGCGCCGCCGCCGCUGUCGUGGAAGCAGCGGCUGGAGAUCUGUAUCGGCGCGGCGAGGGGCCUGCACUACCUGCACACGGGCUACUCGGAGAACAUCAUCCACCGCGACGUCAAGUCCACCAACAUCCUCCUCGGCGACGGCUUCAUCGCCAAGGUGGCCGACUUCGGGCUGUCCCGCGUGGGGCCGUCGCUCGGGGAGACGCACGUGAGCACGGCGGUGAAGGGCAGCUUCGGGUACCUGGACCCGGAGUACUUCAAGACGCAGCAGCUGACGGACCGCUCCGACGUCUACUCCUUCGGGGUGGUGCUGCUCGAGGUGCUGUGCGCGCGGCCGGUGAUCGACCAGCAGGCGCCGGACCGCGACCAGAUCAACCUGGCGGAGUGGGCCGUGGCGUGCCAGCGGCAGGGGCAGCUGGGCAAGGUCGCCGACCCGCGGAUCCUCGGCCAGGUGAACGACAACUCGCUGCGCAAGUUCGCGGAGACGGCGGUGAGGUGCCUGGUGGACUACGGGCAGGAGCGGCCGUCCAUGGGCGACGUGCUCUGGAACCUCGAGUACUGCCUGCAGCUGCAGGAGACGCACGUGCGCCGGGACGCGUUCGAGGACAGCGGCGCCGUCGGGGCGCAGUUCCCCGACGACGUCGUGGUGCCGCGGUGGGUGCCGUCGUCGACCAGCUUCCUCACGACCGGCGACACCGACGAGACGGCCAUCAGCGUCACCGACGUGGGCGCCGCCAACAGCAAGGUGUUCUCCCAGCUGAGCAGCGGCGACGGGCGAUGAUGACUGCUGAUGAGCCUGUGCCGUUUCUGUGCGAACCGAGUCACGUUCAGACUUGAGAUAGGACAGCAGCCAAUGCAAGAAGGAAAUUCAGAAGCUAAGGGUGUGUUUAGUUGGUGAAAGAGUUUGGAUUUGGCUACUGUAGCACAUUUUAUUGUUAUUUGAUAAUUAAUAUUCAAUCAUAAAUUAAUUAGCAUCAUUAGAUUCA